CACGAAACAGUUAACCACCAAAGCGUCCAUUCGAGUCGACGGCCAAGAGAGAUCUCAUCUCGGCUUCUCCGCCGCCGCCGCCGCCGGGGCCAUGUCUCCCUCCCCGUCCUCCGCCGGGGGCGCGGGCGCCGCCUCGCCCUCCGGCUCCGCCUCGGCCUCGGCCUCCGACCCCACCCCGUCCUGGUGGGAGUCCGUCUCGCAGGCGCGCUCUCGCAUCCUCGCGCUCUCCGCCAUCCUGCCUCCCGCCGCCUCCCACGACGUCGCGGCCCUCGCCGACUCCGACCGCCCGGCGCGCGCGCUCCUCCGCUCGCCCGCCGCCUACGCGGCGCUCUCCGACGCGCUUCGCUCGGGGGGAGGCGCCGACGACCCGGCCUGCCACUGGCUCUACGACACGCUCCUCUCCCCGGACCCCGACCUCCGCCUCGCUGCGCUGGCUUUCCUGCCCCUCCUCGCGGCGCUCUACCUCCGCCGCCUCCCGCCCGAGCUGCCCUCCUCGCUCUCUGGCUUCGAGGCCGUACUCCUCGCCGUCUACUCCUCCGAGGCCAAGAACCGCCAAGGGAAGCCCGUCCUCGUCCAGGUGCCCGACCUCUCCGUCCCCUCACUUUACCACACGCCGGCGUUCACCCCCAGCUCCAAGUCCCCUCGCCGGCCGCAGCCCCCGCCGAUCCCCCCACCGCCGGCGAAUCCCGUGGUCGGGGUGCUCUCGCCGCCGCUUGAGCCGCAGGCGGCCGUGAAGUCGACCAAGCGCGCGGGGAUCAUCGGAGUCGCGUUCGAGGCGUACUACUCCAAGAUUUCGCAGAUGCCGGCUGCUUCCAAGGUGGAUGCCUGCAAUGCUGUGGCUGCGUGGGCGGGACAGUACUGCAAAUGCCGUUUUGAGCUUGAUGAGAAGGAGUUGGAGGAAGAAGAAGGGGAUUCUCUGGGCUCCGUGUCGUCGGAGGUGGAGAAUGGGAAGGAGUUGGAGGAGGAAUUGGCGAGGAUGCGUGUCAAUGGAGACAGCAGUGGGAGGAAUUGCUGUGAGGAGGAGGUGAAGGAGGCGAGGGUGCCACUCUCCUGGGAGCUGCUUCAGCCGGUCAUGAGGGUUCUUGGGCACUGCUUGCUUGCACCGCUGAACCCAGUUGAGGUGCGGGAUGCAGCGGCAGAAGCCGUGAGGGUUGUCUAUGCCCGUGCGUGUCAUGACCUCAUGCCACAGGCAAUCUUAGCGGCCCGAAGCUUGAUCGAGCUUGACAAGAGUGCACGAAAGGCUGCUAAAGCAGCAGCUUCUGGGGCAGUUGUAGCUGUGGGCACAGCUGGAAGUACUGCAUCGAGCUCCAGGCCAAGUUCAAAGCCAAAUACACCGAGCAAGCAGCGGAAGCCUGACACGCUGCUUGUGUCCAAAUGAAGUCAACUGCACUACACCCAGUAAGGGUGUUUGCGGUGAUGGUAAAGAGUUACUUUCCUAUGAGUAUUGUGUGUGUGCCACUUGAAUUUGGUGAGAGUUCAGUAGACCUUGCAAUGUGUAAGAACGUUACUAUGACUCGGUAGACAGUUGGCUAAGUGUGUUGCCAACUUGGUGUUGUACGAUAACUUGUUUUAUGUUACUUGUUGCAUAUAGUUCACGAAUCAACAUAUUUCACGAUUCAGUUGGUGG